AUGGCGGCUGCUAACCCUGCCCAAGCGCUGGAGGACGAGCUCUUCUGCUCCAUAUGCCUGGAUUACUUCACCGAGCCGGUGAUCCUGAACUGCGAGCACAACUUUUGCAGGGCGUGCAUCACCCGGACGUGGGAAGGCCUGGGCGACAGCUUCCCCUGCCCGCAGUGCAGGAAGCGGUCUCGCAAAGGGAAGCUCAGGCCCAACACCCAGCUGGGGAGAGUGGCAGAGAGGGCCAAGGAACUGGCCGUGGCCACGGGCCCCGCUCCUCCGCCGGCGUCGAGGCCUAGCAGCAAGCCAGAGGCCAGCGCCAGAGAAGUGUGCAAGAAGCAUCUGGAGGCACUGAAGUUAUUCUGCCUGGACGAUCAGGCCUUGAUCUGUGUAGUCUGUGACAGAUCUCAGGAGCACAGAGCUCACACGGUCCUGCCUGUAGAGGAGGCGGCCCAGGAAUGCAAGGCCCAGCUUCUGCACCACUUGAUGGUACUCAAAAAUGAGAAGGACAACAGGGAGUUACUUUCACGAAACAAAGGGAAGAGACUGGAGAUGCUGUUAGACGCCGGAAGCCUCUUGAGCAGGUGUAAAAAUUGGACCUUUCCCAAAUGGGUGCCAGUGUCUACCACUGAACUGGAAGAGAGAAUUUCCUAUUUCUCCCGGAAGAAGGCAGCUCUAUGGGAGGACAUGACUGAGACAAGGGAGAUCUUGACCUUGGAUCCCGAUUCGGCUCAUCCCAGCCUUGCCAUUUCAACUGACCGGAAGACUGUGAGCCGCAGGGGUGCUUGUCCAGCUUUCUGCAAUGAUUCUAGAAGGUUCUACCCCUCCUUCUGUGUGCUGGGCUCUGAAGGCUUCACGUGUGGCCGCCACCACUGGCUGGUGGACGUCAAAGGCCGCUGUGGCUGGGCCCUGGGUGUAGCUCAAGAAUCUGUAGACAGGAAGAAGCCAAUGGUACUUCGUCCGGAAUGUGGAGUUUGGGCUGUUGAGCUGGGCCCGUACCAGCUCCUUCCUUCAGCGCCAAUCCCCGAGACAGAGAGGGACGCUCUAACCCGCAGGCUUCUGGUCACCUUGGACUAUGAAGCGGGAUGGGUGAUGUUCUCUGACUUUCCUCACCCAGAACCUCUAUUCACUUUCAGGACCCGCUUCACGGAGAAGCUUUACCCUUUCUUCUGGCUGUGGUCCCCUGAGGCAUCUAUUAUGCUGUGUCCUUGA